GGGGUCUCAAAUUCGGUGAUGGUGUACUUCUGUGUCCGCAGCCGGAUUCCAGGAGCGGGAUGCAAAACCUACACCUCCAGCAACACCCAAUUUAAUUGGGUGCUGCUGGAGGUGUAGGUAAGUCACUGUCGUUACCAACGUCGAUUUUUGCGCGUGGGUUGAAAAUUCAGUAUCAGUCAGAGUGCGCGUUUGCCGCGUUUGUUAGGGGGCGUGCCUGGCCGGCGGGAUCGAUCGAGGAACGCCCCUUCUUUAUGGACGAGCAAAGUCCACUGAAAGUGCACGGUGACCGCUAAGUCGCAAUGGGAAACAGGAUCACUUCUCUACUGGGAACAACACAACUACACUAUGCCGUUCUCGGAGGAGAUGUGGAGGCAGUUAAACGACUUUUGUCUACCUCCAGUGUUAAUAUUAACUCCAGGACUAUUGAGGAUGGACAGACUCCACUUUGGAUGGCCUCACUUAAAGGUCAUGAGGCAAUAGUGAGACUACUGCUGGAGAAGAGAGCUCAUGUCAACAUCUGUGCAAAAAAUGGUUGUAGUCCAGUGUAUGUAGCCAGUGAGUAUGGCCACACAGAUGUAGUGGACCUACUAGUCCAGGCAGGAGCUGAGAUUCACCUGACAGAUACUGAGAAUGGCAACGUUCCUCUGGUGGUAGCUGCUGCCAAAGGACAUACUGAGACCGUUCAGAGACUGUUAGAGUUAGGAGCAAACCCCAACCACCAGAACAAGAAUGGUUGUAGUCCAGUGCAUGCUGCCAGCCAGAAUGGCCACACAGAUGUAGUGGACCUACUAGUCCAGGCAGGAGCUGACAUCCACCUGGCCACCACUGAUGAGAAUGGCGAUAUUCCUCUGGGGAUAGCUGCUGCCAAAGGACAUACUGAGACUGUUCAGAGACUGUUGGAGUUAGGAGCAAACCCCAACCAACAGGACAAGAAUGGACGAACUGUACUUUUCGAGGCCUCACUUGAAGGUCAUGUGGCAAUAGUGAGACUACUGCUGGAGAAGAGAGUUGAUGUCAACAUCUGUGCAAAUAAUGGUUGUAGUCCAGUGCAUGCAGCCAGCCAGAAUGGCCACACAGAUGUAGUGGACCUACUAGUCCAGGCAGGAGCUGACAUCCACCUGGCCACCACUGAUGAGAAUGGCGAUAUUCCUCUGGGGAUAGCUGCUGCCAAAGGACAUACUGAGACUGUUCAGAGACUGUUGGAGUUAGGAGCAAACCCCAACCAACAGGACAAGAAUGGACGAACUGUACUUUUCGAGGCCUCACUUGAAGGUCAUGAGGCAGUAGUGAGACUACUGCUGGAGAAGAGAGCUGAUGUCAACAUCUGUGCAAAGAAUGGUUGUAGUCCAGUGUAUGCAGCCAGCCAGGAAUGGCCACACAGAUGUAGUGGACCUACUAGUCCAGGCAGGAGCUGACAUCCACCUGGCCACCACCGAGUAUGGCAGUGUUCCUCUGAUGAUAGCUGCAGGAUGGGACACAUUAAAACUGUCCAGAGACUGUUGGAGUUAGGAGCCGAUGUAAACUGCAAAGAAAAGCUUGGACCGACAGCACUACAUUUUGCAGCAGGGAACGGUCACUCUGAGGUUGUCAAACUACUGCUGAGAGCUGGAGCUACUGACACACCUGAUCAGGAUGGCAAAAGAGCUCUGGACAAGGCCAGAGCUAACAGUCACAGAGAAGUGGAGCAGUUGCUUAACUGAUCCCACGAACCUCCAUUAGGACAAAGAAUUAGUUAAUAGCUAUUCCUAAGAUUUUUUUGCUGUUUGAUUAAUUGUAAGGUAUUUUGCCACAAUAAUAAUAUGUGAAUAUAGCGCUUGUGCCAACAAAUCUCCAAUCCCAUCUCACACUAAGGCCCAGGCAACAACUAAUACCAGACAAGCAUGCCUGAUUGCAUGCUGGAUCUGUAGGUUAUUAUGUAAUGCACAAUCAAUGCUUGUCUUCAGUAACCAACAACAGUUGGGACCCAGUGUAGCUAGGUAACCAGAGACACACUGACCACACA